AGUAAAUUUUUGGCAAAUGAUCAAUUUUUAAUCAUCGCAUCAAUAAUCAUUGUACUAAUGCAAGGGAGCUCAUAUUUAAUAAUGCUGUUGUUGUGUAAUAUAUCAUGAGGUGUUAAAUGUAACCAGUGUCACUUGUGUAACUCUGAAACUCGUGCACGCGCAGCAGCUUCAGCAGCUCCUCCUCAUCUGAUCUUCAUCUGAUCUUCAUCUUCACCUCAUUCUCGAACAACCCCUGCUGCUCCGGGAGCUCGGUUUUGCGCGGAUCAUGGCUCGGUUCGGUGUCGUCCUGCUGUUUCUGUGUGCUUCUGCUCGGCUUCUGGCGGUGUUCUCUCAGCAGGCAGCAGGUGCGCAGCGCGCGCGGACGCGAUGGACGAAUAACGGGCGCGCGUAUCAGCUGGUGAGCCCGGGGUCCCGGUACGUGCCGCCGGGGCGAAGAGUGGCGAGCCGAGCAGCAUCCGCGCCGGUGGCCGUGAUCACAGACCGGCGGAACGCCAGCGCGGACUCUGAUGACCGGAUGGUGUCCGAUGACCCGUACGAUCCCUACAAAUCCGUCAGGAAUAGUCCCUACAGUCCACACUACAACUACUACGACUCGUACUACAGACCCAGACUGAGAAGCGCGCCGAGGCAUCACGGAUACGGAACCAGAUACUUCCAGAACGGUCUCCCGGAUCUGGUGGUGGAUCCCUACAUGAUCCAGGUGUCCACGUAUGUCCAGAGAGUGCCCAUGUACAGCCUCAAGUGUGCUGCGGAGGAGAACUGUCUGGCCAGUUCUGCUGCAAACGCGCAAGAUUACGACACCAGGGUCCUGCUGAGGUUCCCGCAGCGCGUGAAGAAUCAGGGAACCGCAGACUUUCUGCCCAGCAGACCGAGACACGCCUGGGAAUGGCACAGCUGUCACAAUCACUAUCACAGUAUGAAUGAGUUCUGUCAUUACGACCUGCUGGACUCCGGCACACAGCAGCGUGUCGCUGAGGGACAUAAAGCCAGCUUCUGUCUGGAGGACACGUCCUGUGACCCCGGAUACUACCGGCGCUACGCUUGCACGUCUCACACGCAGGGUUUGAGUCCCGGAUGUUACGACACGUACAGCGCGGACAUCGACUGUCAGUGGAUCGAUAUCACAGAUGUCCAGCCGGGACGCUACACGCUGAAGAUUACAGUAAACCCAGGCUUCCAGGUGUCAGAGUCAGACUUCAGUAAUAAUAUCGUUCGCUGCGACAUUCACUACACCGGAAACUACGCGCACGUGUCCGGCUGCAGCAUGACGGCACACUAGGACACGAGAGAAACCAGGAACAGCAAACAUCACCACAGCCUGCCGGUGAUCGCAGACCAGCUGUGUACUGUGCAGAAAUAAAGACAAUAUCCGCAUAUCUGUGAAAAUAAUAACACAGAAUUAUGAUCUGAACUAAUGCAUCUAUCUACCCAGCCAACAAAAACAUGUUCUGAGAAUGUUUCUGAACAUUCCCAUUAAGUUAUGAAAACAUUACUUCCAAGUGUUUUUUAAACAUCUGAUGUAACGAGCGUUUCUUCUCGGUUAUUGGAACAUUCCAUUAUGAGAAUGUUACAUUUGAAUGUUCUCUCGAUGUUUGAAACAUCCGUUUUUAUAUUUAAAACACUUGGCUAUUCAAACAUUCUAUUCUAUCAUUUUGAAAAUGUUAUGAAAACGUUCUACUGAAGGACAUUUCUGAACACAGUUCUGAGAACAUACAAAACACAUCAUAAGCAUGCUGUGAGAACAUUGUUCUGAGAACAUUUCAUUAACAUUAUCUUAAGAAUGAUUUCUCCUAAUGUUUACGUAACCUCUGAGAAACAUUAAGAGCGUUUUCUCUGUUAGCUGGGUAAUAAUUUCACAGCAAAGCCUUAUGGUAUUGUGUCAUUUUGUCUUUAUUAGUGUAAAAUGACGAUAAAACUCUAUCCAGUCGUAGUUUUAGUAUUUGUUUUUAAAGAGUCGAGUUUGUUUUCAACACUUUAUCAUAAUGUUUCUACAAAUAGUUUGGUUUAGUUUUAAUGAUGUGUGCAAGAAAUCAAGACGUUUAAUAAGAGGCUGAAAAUGUGAACAUUGUUUUCAGAUUUAUGUUUGAUAUUAACUGUGUACUUUAAGACAUUUAUACUCUCAGACUCUUAGAGGUGCUGUUGAUAUUGUAAGUGACUUUAGAUUAAGAGGCACAAACUUGAAUAAAUGCAGAUGAGAA